CGAGAUUGUGCAAUCCACCUGGACGCUUUCAUUCAGCCGCCCCCUGUCGCAGUGUCGGCAGGCCGAGUGCACCCGACCGGCGCACGCCCCAUCCAGCCUCGAAUUCGUCCGAACGUCUUCGUGUCUGACCCUCCCGACGGAAGGCACGACCAGACCCGUCUGGUCAAUCUGGCCCGUGGGAGGGCCGAGGCACACGGGGCGUUGGCUCGACAAGGAGAACUGGCUGGUGCGCCAGCAGUCAGGCAGCUGAGGUUUGUUCUCGGCUUUGUGCCGAUCUGA